AUGAUUUUUAUUCCCACAUCAUCACAACCAACUUCAACCUCGACAACAAUCAGCACAACCGGUGCCACAACAUUGACAACAUCUCCAAGCACCACAGGUACAACAACAUUACCAAUAUCAACAAGUAUUUCAACAUUACCAGCAACAACCAUAAGUUCAACAACUUCAAGCAAUUCAGAAUAUCAACAACAAUUCACAGAUUGGAUGAUUCAAAACAAUAAAUCAUACACAAACAAUGAAUUCUUGACAAGAUUCAAUAUUUUUAUUGAUAAUCUCCUUUAUGUCAAUCAAUUUAAUUCGUUGACUGGAAAUGAUACAGAUGCAAUGAAAUUAGGCAUGAAUGUAUUUGCAGAUUUGACACUCGAUGAAUUCACCAACACAUUCCUUAUCAAAGAUUUAUUAAAUUUCUCAGCAAAUUCAAAUACUACUUCUACAAGUACAUCAACAACAACAACAACAACAGGAGGUGGAUUAUUAGGAGGACUAUUAACUGGUGUUUUAACAAUUGGAACCGGAGGAUCUACAUCAGAUGGUGGACUUUUAACAGGUUCAUCUAAAUCAUCAAGUUCAUCUCUCAGUACUUUAAUGGCUGUGGAUUGGCGAGCUGCUCUACCUGGAGUUAAAAAUCAAGGAUCGUGUGGAAGUAGUUAUGCAUUUGCAUCGUUAGCUCCACUUGAAGCCUCAUUGGUAAGAAAAGGAGGUCAAAGAGUUUCUCUUUCUGAACAAGAAAUUGUUGAUUGUACAAAAAAUUCAUAUUUUACUUAUCAGAAAUUAAUAGAUGGAAAAGGCAAUUCUGGUUGUAAUGGAGGUUGGAUGACAGGUGUUUAUGAUUAUAUUAAACGAGCAGGAGGUGUAAGUGAAGAAUCAUCAUAUCCAUACAAUGGUGUUGUUCAAAAGUGUAGACCCUCUGGAUCCAAAUAUGGAGCCAUUGUUAAUUACGUUAUUAUUGAUAAUGAACAAGCAAUGGUAAAUGCUUUGACAAAUGUAGGACCAGUUGCUAUUGCUUUACAGGCCGGUGUAAGAUCAUUCCAAAUGUACAACGGUGGUAUCUAUUAUGAUGCUGGAGCAGGUAGCAUCGAUCAUGAAGCUACACUUGUUGGUUUAGGAACAGAGAAUGGAGUGAAUUAUUAUAUUAUGAGAAAUAGUUGGGGUACUGGAUGGGGAGAAGGCGGAUUAGCCAAAGGAAUUGAUUUACCAAUAGGCACUAUAAAAAAGAUUGAAUUAAUCAAGAUACCAAACAUUCAACUUAUUAAUUGGAGCUAA